CAAGCGCGUCUCUUGAACCCCUUCAUGAUCCAUGGCUUCGCAAAUCCUCCCCCUUGAGCUGAUCGAUCGGUGCAUUGGCUCGCGGAUAUGGGUCGUCAUGAAGAACGACCAUGAGUUUACGGGGACGCUCCUGGGCUUCGACGACUUCGUCAACAUGGUCCUUGAGGAUGUGACCGAAUACGAGACCACUGCUGCUGGAAGGAAAAAGACGCAGCUGGCACAGACCUUAUUGAAUGGGAAUAACAUCUGUAUUUUGAUUCCGGGAAGCGCUGGUCCAGAGGAUUGAUCUGGCAUCCCCCUGUACUUGUACCUCCUCUCGGACAUCUAUCUUGAUGCUUUCUUCUUGUGACUGAGGUCCUUAUGCGCUUCAUGGAAAGUUCAGAGCCAGAGAAGGGUUAAAGCAUGUGCAGAACGAAGCGCAACCGGAGCAUCCCUGCCAGACGAGCCUCAAGGUCACUCCCAAAGGUCUCUGAGUAUGCACAAUAGAAUGUCAUGAGCCAUGUAGGCCUGUCAGAGUAAAGGCUGAAUG